AUGGCAUUUACUCACCUGGAACAAAUUAUCAAGGUUCAAAGACUCCUUCGUCAACGCGUCAACGUAUUCAUUACCGGCAAUACCCUUAUGACUAGGGAUCCAAAUCCAUUCCUCGACGACCAAGGCGUACUGCGCGUCGGAGGACGUCUCAAACACGCUCUGCUGCUCUACGACGAGAAACACCCGGUGAUCGUUCCGCCGGACUCCUGGAUGACUCGACUGUUAAUUGAGUCCUGCCAUUGUCGGACUCUGCACGGCGGCGUCCAGAUGACACUCGGCCUACUUCGCCUUCGAUUCUGGGUGCCACGCGGAAGGACUGUCGUUAAGCAGCAGUUGCAUCGGUGCGUCACUUGCACUCGCUGGCGAGCUGCCACCCCACAACCUCCAAUGGGCAACCUUCCUCGUGACCGAGUGACGCCAACUCGACCAUUUCUGAGUACUGGCCUGGACUACGCGGAACCCAUCUUCAUGCGGACCAGCAAGGGGCGCGGACAUCGCGCGCAGAAGGGACACAUCGCUGUCUUCAUCUGCUUCUGGUCGAAGGCUAUCCAUCUCGAAGUCGUCUCGGAUUACACCUCCGAGACCUUCAUAGCCGCCUUACGCCGCUUCGUCUCUCGCAGAGGCCUUUGCACAGACAUCUACAGCGACUGCGGCACAACAUUCAUUGGCGCAGAUCGCACGCUGCGAGAGCUCUUCAAAGCGUCGACCUCCGAGAGCCAUCAUAUCGCCCGCGCCGCCAACACUCAAGGAAUCCGCUGGCAUUUUAAUCCGCCAGCGGCCUCUCACUUCGGUGAUCUUUGGGAGGCUGCCGCUCUGUCAGACGAUCCAGACGACACCUCGGCACUCACACCAAAUCACUUCCUCAUCGGAGCGCCGCUACUCGCUGUGCCUGAGCCAUCCUUGACAGGUCAAUCAGCAUCCACGCUGUCACGCUAG